GCGCAACCACCUACACACGUAUUAUGUCAAGACUAGGAGAGCCGUCAAGAGCUGUUCGUUAUCCCGAGAAAGUCGCGACUGGGGCUCGGGAAGCCGACCCGGACAGCAGUACAGCGACAGUCUUAUCAGCUGAGUUGACUACUAUCAACUCCCAGCUUAUGUCCCAUGGAUGGGCCAAGAGACCACUGAACCUUGAUGCCUUGAGCCAAAAAGAUUAUAAUGAAGUGGUCGCGGUCUUGUUUGAACUCAUGGGUGCCAGUGUUAGUAACCUGAAUAUGUUGGAAACCCUUAAUGGCCGCCAUCGUACCCUUGAAUAUGAAUAUGAACGGCUGCAAAAGACCACCAACAGUCUCAAGACGUCCAAUGCUAGGCUUGAAUCGGAGGUUGCUGGGUGGAAAUCAAAAUGCGCCGACAUAGAAAAGAGGCUAGUCUUGGAGGAGAUAAAGACGAAAGAACUUAGAGAAGAGAAUUCUCGAGGUCGAAAGGCCUUAGAGACUGUGCGAGUAGCUGCUACACAUGAAACCAAGAAGGUUCAAAUGAGUCUGGACAAGGCCCAUGCUCAACUGGCAAAGAUAGGAAAUGAUCCUACCAUUGCUAACAAACCUCAGGGGCUUGUAUUACUAAAUCCUAUACCUGCUGGAAGGAUACAACCGGUUGCUGCUUCCCAGUCCCCAUUACUUGAGCAAACACUUAGAGACCUUAGCGACAUUAGAGCAAGCUUACAAGAGGAGACAGAGGCAUUCCGACAUGUUGUUGUGUCUACUGGUAAUGCUUUGAGAGAAGCGUUGGCAGCAUCGUGUGGUCAAGAGCCCCCCAUUCGACUUCUCCAGUCACAGUUCUUCAGUCCCUUGAACAGCUCAACAGCUCGCACUCUCGGCUCUAGUAUUGCGCAAUCCGCCUCAUCCAUGUCACAUCCUUCCAUCGCCAGUGCCAGAUUGCAAAGCCUAAUCGAGCAAAUCCGCAACCGGAUAACGGAGGGCGUGCCGCAGUAUACUGCCAAUGGUGAACACCUCACCAAGCAACCUACGCCUGAAGAAAUUGAGGAGCAGAAGCGGGUAGAGCGUGAAAAGGAGAAGAUACAGAGGGACCUAGAGGACAGGAUCAAAGAUCUCGAGGUCGAACUUAACUGUGCAAAGAGAAAGGAAGAAGAAGCGAGCAAGGUUGUGGCCGAUUAUGCAAAGAAGCAAGUGCAGCGAGAGCUCAACGUACAUGACAGUAAGGAGGAUAUGGACAUGGAGAUACAAAAGCAAGCGCUGGAUAAGGAGAGAAAGAGAUAUGCGGAAGAAGCAGUCAAGCUUAGACAGGAACGACAAGAGCUUGAACUGGAACGUCAAGCCUUCCUUGAAGAAAAGCGUAGAGCGGAGGAAGAAGCAGCUAAAGCCCCCAAAAUCGCGCCCUCUACUGCCAUUAUAGCUGAGCCUACUUUAAACCAUGAAAUGGAAGCCGAAGAACCCAUUCCUGCCUCUCCAAGCAUCACAUGGCAUCAGCACCGUCCCCACUCUCCCUCCCCUCUUUCACCACAACACCCUAAAAUCCGAACCCCUAGAGCUCAUGUGGCAGGAGGUAAACGCAAAACCGCAAAGACGCCUCUAUCUCGAUUAGUCUUGGAGAAAGCCGUAAGGCAGAAGGGAAGAGAACUGGGAGUGGGUGGGUUGCUGAUGAAAGAAAAGGACCUAAUGAGCGGUAGUGUAUUGGGUGUUGAAAGAGGCAGGAAGACAAACGUGGGACCCUCGAAUAGGUCGCCGAGAAAAGGGAAAGAGCGGGCGGUUGACGGAAUGAGAGGUUCGGCUAUGCGAAAUUCUACAUUCGGCAAUAACCAUUCGUCGUCAGGGAGUGAGGCGUCCUCUGUAUCUGGGAGCAAGGGUGUCACUCCAGCCCUAAAACCACUUAUCAGCAACAAAGUUGCUGGCAAUGUUGAGAGGCCAGAAAUGGCAGUUUUGACUAUGCGUACAAGCAUAGGGACGACUGCAGCUUCGCAAAGAAAGGCUAUGGAGUCAAAUUCAACAGGGGCUAAAACGACGAUGGUGAAAAAGGCUGCUUGGAGAUGAAGAACUACUACGUUGAGGGGUGAUGUCUGACGAUCGAUGAGCUUGGAUGAUAUAAUCUGUACUUAAUAAAUAGUGAUGGAUGUCCUUUGGCCUAAUGAAUAGCGUGUUAGAG